AUGUCAUCUCAAAGGGUGCAAUUGGAUAUUCAGGACCAUCAUGUAGUUAUGGAUAAUGGCAUACUCCAAGUUACCUUGUCAAAACCAGAUGGAAUUGUUACCAGAAUACAAUAUAAUGGCAUCGACAAUUUGCUUGAAGUUCUUAAUGAAGAAGUUAACAGAGGGUAUUGGGACCUUGUAUGGAGUGAAGCUGGAAGUGUGGGCACAACAGGAACGUUUGAUGUGAUUAAGGGUACAAAAUUCAAGGUUAUUGUGGAAAGCGAUGAACAAGUAGAGGUCUCGUUCACGAGAAAGUGGAAUCCCUCCCAAAAGGGCAAGCUUGUCCCUCUAAACAUAGACAAAAGGUUUAUUAUGCUUUGUAAUUCGUCAGGCUUCUACUCCUACGCCAUCUAUGAUCACUUAAAAGAAUGGCCUCCUUUCAACCUUCCCCAGACCAGAAUUGUGUUCAAGCUCAGAAAAGAAAAGUUUCAAUACAUGGCCAUAGCAGAUAACAGGCAAAGAUACAUGCCCCUUCCCGAUGACCGAUUGCCGGAGAGAAGUAAAGUCUUAGACGUACCUGAGGCAGUCCUUCUUGUCAAUCCGAUAGAGCCAGAAUUCAAGGGAGAGGUGGAUGACAAAUACGAAUACUCAAGCGAGAAUCAAAACCUGCGGGUCCACGGUUGGAUUUGUAUGGACCCGCCCGUGGGGUUCUGGCAAAUAACUCCCAGUGAUGAGUUCCGAUCUGGUGGACCCCUCAAACAGAAUCUCACCUCCCAUGUUGGGCCCACUUGUCUUGCUAUGUUUCUUAGUGCUCACUAUUCGGGAGAGGACCUGGUGCUGAAGCUGAAACCAGAUGAGCCAUGGAAGAAAGUCUUUGGCCCUGUUUUUAUCUAUCUUAAUUCUGUUACGUCCAAUGCAAAUGAUGAUCCAUCACCACCACUCUGGGAGGAUGCAAAAAACCAGAUGAUGACAGAAGUGCAAAAAUGGCCUUACGAUUUCCCUGCUUCCAGUGAGUUUCCACCGUCGGAUCAACGGGGUCAUGUUAGUGGUAGAAUACAGGUUCGAGAUAGGUACGUUAGUGAAGAUUGCAUUCCGGGAAAGGGUGCUUAUGUAGGCUUGGCACCACCAGGAGAUGCUGGAUCCUUUCAAAGAGAUUGCAAGGGCUACCAGUUCUGGACUAGGGCAGAUGAGCAUGGCUAUUACUCUAUAAAGAAUAUACGUGAGGGCCAAUAUAAUCUUUAUGCAUGGGUUCCUGGUUUCAUUGGAGAUUAUCGAUAUGAUGCAGCCAUUAACAUAACCGCAGGUUGUGAUAUUGACGUGGGUGAGCUUGUAUAUGAGCCUCCAAGAGAUGGACCAACAUUGUGGGAAAUUGGCAUCCCUGAUCGUUCUGCAGCUGAAUUCUAUGUUCCUGAUCCUAAUCCAAACUAUAUCAAUAAACUUUAUGUCAACCAUCCUGACAGGUUUAGGCAGUAUGGGUUAUGGGAAAGAUAUGCAGAUUUAUAUCCUGAUCAAGACUUAAUUUACACUAUUGGCACCAGUGACUAUGCUAAAGAUUGGUUCUUCGCUCAGGUUACCAGGAAGAAAGAUGAUGACACAUAUGAAGGCACUACAUGGCAGAUCAAGUUUCAACUAGACAAUGUCAAUCAGAGUGGAACCUUCAAACUUCAAAUCUCCCUCGCUACAGCGAAUAUCGCAGAAUUACAGAUUCGGAUAAAUGACCCGCAAGCAGACCCUCCUCUGUUUACAACAGGAGUGAUUGGAAAGGACAACACAAUUCUAAGGCAUGGAAUUCAUGGCCUCUACUGGCUGUAUAGCAUAGACAUACCAGCCACAUUGCUUGUGGAAGGAAACAAUACACUGUUUCUAACACAACCAAUCAGCAACAGCCCUUUGGCCGCUUUCCAUGGACUCAUGUAUGACUAUAUUCGUUUAGAAGGUCCACCCUCUUCUACUUCAACUAGAGGUGUCAAACCAGCCAAUAUGGCACCAAACACACCAUUGGAUUAG